CCCAAACAAAACAAAAAAAAUUUAAGCGCCAAAAGAGAGGAAAAAACAUUCGAGCGCCAGAUUUUGAUCCAUCGUCUUCUAAAACGAUGAAAAUUCCUGGAAUAAUUCACUUCCCAACAGCAAUAAUCAGUAAACCCUCAUUUUCUCUCUCAUACUCCUCCUUUUCCCGCCAUUAUUUUUAUCGCUACUUCCCCAACAACACCAUUAACAUGGCACCUUCUUCCUCCUCUAAAACCCUAAUCGAUUUCUUCCCCCAAACCAAUCCCAAACGCCGUAAGACCACCGAUAAUGGCGUCUCCGCUGCUCCACUUCCUCCUCUUUCGCUUUUGAAUUCCGACAAUGGCGAUUGCGGCAGCGGAAACCCUAGCGAUGAUACUGGCCUCCUCACUGCUGACCAGAAAUUCAGAAUGGAGUUUAACAAAUCCCUAGCUUUGUCUAAAUUGAAUCUCCGAAUUUGUUCUGAUAAAGUUCAGAAUUCUAAAGCUGAAGGGGGUAAUGGCUACGUGAAGCUAAAGGAGCUCCUUGUGGAGGAAUCAUGGUUGGUGGCACUCUCAGAGGAGUUUGAAAAGCCUUAUGCUAAGAGUCUAUGCAAAUUUGUCGAGGCAGAAAUUUGUGGCGGCAAAGUUCCCAUUUAUCCACCUCCAAACUUGAUCUUCAACGCUCUCAACUCGACAUCGUUUGACAAGGUUAAGGCUGUCAUCCUUGGGCAGGAUCCAUAUCAUGGACCAGGACAGGCAAUGGGUCUAUCUUUCUCAGUACCUAAGGGCAUCAAGAUCCCUUCCAGUCUUGGAAAUAUAUUCAAGGAACUCAAACAGGAUCUUGGAUGCUCCAUUCCAUCUCAUGGAAAUUUGGAGAGAUGGGCUGUACAGGGUGUUUUGCUGCUCAACACAGUCCUCACGGUCAGGAAUCAUCAAGCUAACUCUCAUGCUAAGAAAGGCUGGGAACAGUUGACUGAUGCUGUAAUACGAAAUAUUUCUGAAAAGAGGAAAGGCGUUGUAUUUAUCCUUUGGGGAAAUUGUGCUCAAGAGAAAGUCAGGUUAAUUGAUGAGUCUAAGCACCAUAUUCUCAAAUCAGCUCACCCUUCUGGUCUUUCUGCCCACAGAGGUUUCUUUGGAUGCAGGCAUUUUUCACGUACAAAUCAGAUUCUGGAGCAGAAUGGGGAGUUGCCCAUCGACUGGCAGGUGUGAGCAGAAAUAUGAUGGAAAUCUUGUUGAGUAGGCUUGAGCUCUAGUUUUUUGGUGAAUUAUCCCCCCUACAUAUGCAAAAUGUCUUCUGUGGUGAACCUGGGUAAUUUUGUGUGAUAUGAAAUGGUAAUCCGGCGUGUACAUGGGAACUAUGACUUUUGUAUGCCUGAAGUGAAGGAAUGCAAGCCUUGGAUCUAAUCGCAGAUGCAGAGUAUAAGAGCAAACACUAGCCAAUAUGCCAUACGUGUAUUAAUUUUAGCGUUUAUGUGAACAAUUACACACCCAACAAGGCUCACCCAAGCAAAACUGUUGAAAAUUAGAAUCAGUGCGAAUGAAGAACAUGGACAGUUUUACUAAGUUGUAAUCUUAAUUUUCUAAGAGUAAUGAGCUUAUUAUUUAUAUGGA